GAGGCUCACCUCUUUUGUUGUGUUGUGCUAAUCGUCCAAGAUGGCGGCUGAUUCGCAGAGUCGGAAAAUGGCUGCGACCUUAGAAAGUUUCUAGAUCAGCUAAAAAAUGUAUUACUUCGCUUUAGAUCCUAAGGAAAAUGGAUGGGAUGAAGUAUCAUUGUGAUGUGUGCUUAGCAGAUUGCUCCGGUUUGCGAAUAAGAUGUGCAGAUUGUGCUGAUUUUGAUCUUUGUUUGCAGUGCUUCAGUUCUGGAUCAGAAAUGGGUGAUCACAAGAAAGAUCACGGCUACCAAAUAUUUGAUAAUGGAACAUUUCCAGUUCUUUCAGAGGAUUGGACUGCAGAAGAAGAAAUUUUAUUAUUAGAUGGCGUUGAACAACAUGGAUAUGGAAAUUGGGAUGAUAUUGCUGAUCACAUUAGCACAAAGACUCCUGAAGAAAGCAAGGAACACUACGAUGAUAUGUUUUUAACAAAAAACAUCGGAAAAGUCACUGUUGCUAGAGGCUUGAAUGACAUUAGUGACCAUACAUUAGAUAAUGGUGAGCUAGCCCAGUGUUUGGCAAAUCCCCCAGAAGCGUUGGAAUUACCUGUUGCGGAGCAACAAGAGCUUGGAUACAUGCCAAAUAGAGAUGAUUUUGAAAGGGAAUAUGAGAACGAUGCAGAGCAGUUAAUAAGAUCUCUCGCUUGCAACAGAGAUGACGAUGAACUCGAAACUUCGUUAAAAAUUGCACAUGUUGAUAUGUAUUGGAGAAUUUUAAAAGAAAGAGUUCGGAGAAAAAGUGUUGCAAGAAAUUAUGGUUUGAUUACGAGUAAACACAAACUUAUAGCAUCUCGACGAAAAUUAAGUAAAGACGACAGGGAUUUCAAAGAUAAAGUUAGGGUUUUUGGCCAGCUGAUAUCAUUUCCAGAUUGGGACGAAUUCAUCAGCAAUAGAAUAAGAGAGAAAGAAGUAAAGUCAAGAAUAAAGGAGCUAUCGAGAUAUCGCAAGAGUGGAAUAAAAAAACUAAAUUCUUGUCAGGAAUUUGAUGAUCUCCGUUUUAAGAGGGAAAAGGUUAAAGAAAAUAGAAGGAAAAUGCAUGUGACGUCUCCUCCAAGAACCACAAAGGUUUCUGGAAAUAAGAAAAACUCAACUCCAGAUGAAGAGAAAGCCCCUGUAAAAGCUUCUAAUGAUCAAGAUUUUUUAUCAGAAACCCUUUUCAAAGAUUCAAUGAAGAACGACACAUGCUAUCAACUUCUUUCGGACAAAGAAAAACAAUUAUGCUGCAGUUUGAAGAUGAAGUGUACUCGCUACGUUACCAUCAAAGGAAUUUUACUAAAGGAUUACGUCGCACGGAAACAUGGCAUACAGUCAAAAACGCGAUAUCCACCGAACUUAACGAAACAGCAACGAAGAACAAUCGUCGAGUUUCUGAAUGAAGCCGGCUGGACAACUGAACAAAAACAGUGAUUUGUCAACUUAAUCUGGUUUUACAAACUAUAUUUCUAGGGUUAAGGAUAGGCCUGUAUUUGUAUGUAACUCAAACUUGAAAAACUGUAUAACAAUUUACAUAUGCCCUGUAAACGGUAAUAGAAUUGUCAAAUAUUUAUUAUUGCGAUACC